UGUACUGACGCAGGCUGCUGGAGCGGCAAGCAGCAGCAAUAGAUGCUGUCCCAUCAUCAGAUCACACCCAACGGGGCUGCAGCGCACCGCUCCUCCGGCACCAACACCAUGACACCCAGAUUUAAAGCCGCAAUCUGAGCCGCACUGAGGACGCAACCAGCGGAGGACUGUGAGCAACGGACCUGGAGACAUACGCACACACGUACAGACACACACUCGCACACACGAAUAUUGCAGCGACCAGCAGCCAAAAAGACAGGAACGCCGACCGAGGCGAACUCUACUGCGCCGCGGAUUUGCGCUUUUCUCUCCAGAAACGCGUCCCAAACGGACACCCGCAAGAAAAAAUACUCCCUGUGAGUCAUUUCACGCCAAAAAAUGUCGUCGGGAAAGGACAGCGGGCAUUACGCCAACUAUGUGGGACCGUACCGCUUGGAGAAGACGCUGGGCAAAGGACAGACAGGUCUGGUGAAGCUGGGCAUCCACUGUGUCACAUGUCAGAAAGUUGCCAUAAAGAUUGUCAACAGAGAAAAGCUCAGCGAGUCGGUUCUUAUGAAGGUGGAGCGGGAGAUAGCCAUCCUAAAACUCAUAGAGCAUCCCCACGUUUUAAAGCUGCAUGAUGUCUAUGAAAAUAAGAAAUACCUGUAUCUGGUGCUAGAGCACGUGUCCGGUGGGGAGCUGUUCGACUACCUGGUGAAAAAGGGCCGGCUAACACCUAAAGAGGCCAGAAAAUUCUUCAGACAGAUCAUCUCAGCCUUGGACUUCUGCCACAGCCACUCCAUAUGCCACAGAGAUUUGAAGCCUGAGAACUUGUUGUUAGACGAGAAGAACAACAUCAGGAUAGCAGACUUUGGCAUGGCGUCUCUGCAGGUCGGGGACAGUCUGCUGGAGACCAGCUGCGGAUCUCCACACUACGCCUGCCCAGAGGUUAUCAGGGGGGAGAAGUAUGAUGGGAGGAAAGCAGAUGCAUGGAGCUGUGGAGUUAUCCUGUUUGCACUUUUAGUGGGCGCUCUGCCUUUUGACGAUGACAACCUGAGGAAUCUUUUGGAGAAAGUGAAGCUUGGGGUUUUCCACAUGCCUCACUUCAUCCCUCCAGACUGUCAGAACCUUCUGCGCGGUAUGAUUGAAGUGGAUGCGGGCAAGAGGCUCACGUUAGAGCAGAUCCAGAAGCAUACGUGGUACUUAGCUGGAAAGAAUGAGCCGGAGCCCGAGCAGCCUGUUCCCAGGAAGGUGGCCAUCAGGACUCUGGCUGCAGCUGAGGAGAUCGACCCCGACGUCUUGGAGAGCAUGCACUCUCUGGGCUGCUUCAGAGACAAGGACAAACUGACCAAAGACCUGCUGUCUGAGGAAGAAAACCAAGAAAAGAUGAUCUACUUCCUGCUGCUGGACCGCAAGGAGAGGUAUCCGAGCCAUGAAGAUCAGAACCUGCCGCCACGCAAUGAGAUCGCAGACCCGCCCAGGAAGCGCGUGGACUCGCCUAUGCUGAGUCGUCACGGUAAGCGGAGACCAGAGAGAAAGUCUAUGGAGGUGCUGAGUGUCACAGAAGGAGGAUCUCCUGUACCUGUACGACGAGCCAUCGACAUGGCAACCCAUGGUCAGAGCAAAUCUGUUUUCAGUAAAAGCUUGGAUAUCACAAACGCUAACUGCAGCAAGGAAGAAAGAUCGCGGUCGAUCAGCGGAGCGUCCUCCGGUCUGUCCACCAGUCCUCUCAGCAGUCCCAGGCCCAACCGGCGGUUUUUCAUCCCGCCCCAGUCCCCAGACCUGUGUCAGUCCCCCAACUGCAGCCCCACCCACUCCCCUGAGGUCCGCCUUAAUGGGGUGGGGCCACGCACACCCAACUCCUUCCAGCCAAAGAUGGGGUCUCCCCUCAUGCACCCCCGCACGCAGACCCUCCCCGCCAAGCCCAAAGUGUCCGAGAAGCCCCUGCAGACCACCAGGUCCAAUCCUCUCCCUAACACAGCCCAGACCCCCACCACCCCCAAAUCUGAGCCCUCCACGCCCUGCCAGCCUCUGGCACCCUGCAUCCCCAACAGCCCCCGGGUGAGACGCCACCCUCCCCUCACUGUCCCCCCCAAGCUCUCAAUCCCCCUCUCCCCUGUGCCUCCUAUGUCGCCCCGCCGCCGCCACCACCUCCACCCUGACCACAACGGCAAAUCUGUCCCCAUCACGCAGGUGACCCCCCAUCCCUCCCCCAGAGGGAGCCCUCUCCCCACCCCCAAAGGCACCCCGGUGCACACGCCUAAGGACAGCCCGGCUGGCACGCCCAGCCCAACGCCGCCACCCAGCCCCUCCAUUGGGGGCAUGCCCUGGAGGACACGCCUCAACUCUAUCAAGAACAGCUUCCUGGGCUCGCCGCGCUUCCACCGCAGGAAAAUGCAAGUUCCCACCCAAGAAGACAUGUCCAGUCUAACCCCAGACUCUUCUCCAGAACUGGCUAAGAAAUCAUGGUUCGGUAACUUCAUCAACCUAGAAAAGGAGGAGCAGAUCUUCAUUGUGAUCAGAGACAAACCCCUCAGCUCCAUAAAGGCAGACAUCGUCCAUGCCUUCCUCUCUAUCCCCAGUUUGAGCCACAGCGUCAUCUCUCAGACCAGUUUCCGGGCAGAGUACAAGUCUACAGCUGGUCCUACAGUUUUCCAGAAGCCAGUGAAGUUUCAGGUGGACAUCACCUACACUGAGAGCACCAGCGCCACCAAGGACAACGGCAUCUACUCUGUCACCUUCACCCUGCUCUCAGGUCCCAGCCGACGUUUCAAGCGUGUGGUGGAGACCAUCCAGGCCCAGCUGCUCAGCUCCGACCAGCCCGGCAUCCAGCCCCAGAUAUCUGAUGGCUCUCAGCGCUCUGCUUCUAUGCCAAGUAAAUCCUCCAAGCGUGGCAGCCCGUUGAGUAACUUCUUUGACGUAAUUAAACAGCUUUUUUCAGACGAGAAGAACAUCCAAGCGUCCCACUCCCCUGGCGCCCCUGCCACGCCUAGCUCCCCUGCCAAGCAUGCCCCCAGCAGCAAGCCCAACCAGCCCCCGCCCAAUGACUCUAAAUGCCCCCCCGGCAAAGACAAAACAAAGAUGGCCGCCAGCAACAGGACACAAGAACAACCUUAAGGAGCAGUAGCUGUGCAUGACUAGAGAAGAGCAGUUAUCAGGUCAUAAAACAGGAGAAUGACAGAGGAGAGCUGCUAACUUUACCUUUAGUUAGGAGAAAAAUACAGAAAAAACAAAUCUACUUUUUGCCUAUAAAUUUUGUACUGUAUAAUGGGAAUGGCUAUUUCAGUUUAAAAGUUGAUCAGUAUUUUACAAUAAGUAGCAAAUGUAGCUUUGUUGUCCCUACCUUCUGUCCCUCUCUGUCCUCGGGGGUCUUUCGGUGGGUGUGUGUCCUCCUCACAUGUGUGAUGGCUUGACUUGUCUCUGCCACCAGGGAUCAUCCAUAAUAACUAUUAACCUCGUCGGCUCUCCGAGACCGGCCGACAGCGGCCCACCACCACCAAGAGAGUCUGAAGAAAAGACAGAGGACCCCUUCCCUUCCCUCCCCCACUUCACCCCCCCAACCCCUUCAAGUCCUUUCUCCAGCCGCAUCAGUAGAGUCCACUUUCCCCCCACCAGACCAAACAUAGAGACAUCUCAGAAGAGUUGUAAAAAGAAAAAAAGCCUUAAGACAGUGAUGUUUGUCAAUCUACACACACACCCCUUCUUCUCUUUUCUCUUUCUUCCAAUUCUCCCACAUGUACAUAAAAAACACACACACUGUAUGUACUCCUCAACACAAACAUGACUUCUUUGCGGGAUGUAAUGACUUGCACACGCUGACAAACAGGAAGCAAGGAGCGGUGGAAGAAGCGGGGAGAUGGAUGGAUGGACGAACGCUGGCUGGAUUGUAGUUCUUUUUAAUGUUGUCUUUCUUUGUGAACAGCAGGAUUUCUGAGCGUGCUCUGUGACGUUUCUGUAUAAUGGGUUCUUGCAAUUAAAUAGUCACCCAUUAAAGUAUGAUGGGGGUUGAUAUUACAUAAAUGAAUGAUCUAUUCUGUUGUACAGAUUAAAUAAUGUUCUGUAUGUACAAAAAGUGUAGUUGUGACUUUAUGUUUUAGAGUUGUGUUGCCAUAUUUUGUUUUGUAUUCCUGUGUAGGCCUGGUCACACCAGCAUUUGAAACGGCUUAUUUUGACAGUGAAAUCAAUUUAUUUCAAUGGAAUCGCUGUGAUAAGUGUAUUAACCUGUAGGGGCAAAGUACGAGUCACUGAGUGAUGAUAAGCUAUUUUGAUAGACCUUUCAGGGAACAAAGAGCUAUUGUAGCUUGUUGGUAUUUAAAAGGGGUGUAAAAAACUAGUUUCAUCAUGAUACAAUAUAUCGAUUCUUUGGACAACAAUACGAUAUUUGCCAAUAUUACAGUCUGCCACAAUACGAUUUUCAGUUGAAUUAGAUUGCGGGACCUGUGAUCAAUAUGAGAUGAGAUCAUAUGCCCAUUAAACACAAUGUGUCACAGAAGAUGCAGCCACCCCUUUCUUUCUUGCUUUUAGCCAUAAAAGAUAAUAACGCAUAAAUACUGUAAAUAUUUGUAAGCGCUGAAGUGCAGUAAUGUUUAUUUUAAAGUGACUACACUAACACAUAAAACAGCACUUGGGAUAGGUAAACCUUCAGGGCUUUCUGCCAGAGAGACCUUUCUGGAAGUACUGUUUUCAUUUUAACGCAAACCAUCAUCUUUUUCAUAAAAUUUUAAAAAAUAAUCAGAUAUGAUUCUCAUCAGUACAGUAUAAGCACUUUUAAGUUGCGUAAAUUAAUCUGGCAGCUGACAAAGAUUUCCUUAAUAAAUUACAUUUAUUAUUUACACUUUUCUUACUCACCGUUGGUUGAAGUUAGUGCGUCUCCCAACAGAACAGCAUUGUUGGAUUUCAGCCUGCAUGCAUGUUUUUUAGUCAAACAUUGUUGAAACAGAGCAGCUAAUAGCACUGUUGCUGCAAGAAGUUAGCAAAGUGAAAUGCUCAUCCAGGCAGGUACAUCGUGUUUUGUUUCAUAACGACAUUGUUUACAUAUGGGAUGUUCUUUGUCUGUUGACGUGUAUUUUCUCCAAUAUUGAAAAUAUUUCCACGCUGCUGAUUUAUUCCCAAGUAAAUAAGUAAAUAACAUUACCCUCACCGUCUUUUUCUGGGCUGCUUGCCAUCUGCAUGUUGCUGUUUGACAGUGACACAGACUUGCAAAAUAAAGGUGUAACCCUGGUGAUAUGUAACGUAAAAACAAUAUGUACAUAUGUUUUACUUUGCAUCGAUGAUAUUGGAUCGUUAAUCAUUGAAUCAAUAUAUCAGUCCAGAUCAAUGGAUCAUUACACCCCGAGUAUUUAACCUCCUCUAUUGGAGCACAAACUGCUCCACAACAGAGGACUUGUUUGUGCAGACAGUGUUGAGACAGGAUAGAAAGAAUAUGUAUUUUAAAGGUUAGGGUUUGGGGAGGUUACGGUUAGCCUAACCCUAACUCUGUUAAAAAAAAAAAAAAAAAAAUUACAUCAGUGGAGUAAACAGCCCAGUACAGAGACUAUAGACACUCAGCGAAAUUGUGACUAAAUAACACCAACAUGUUCCAGCUUGCUAGCUUGUAAGCAGUUAUCUCACCAGCUUCUAGAACAAUAUACUUCACAUAUUGCUGUGCCUCUUCCUGGUGUGACCGGGCCUCAACAAUAAAAUGUCUCCUUUUCCUUUUGCACUUUUGACAAGUGAGUCAGAUUCUGGGUUCAGUUACAAAAUGUCAGCGCAUUUUUAAUUUUCAUUAUUAUUUUUACAAUAUUGAACUGCUGUGUAUAUUUUUGUACUUUAUUGUAUUUUGUCACUUGGGUUAUUAAUUUAUUCUCAGUUAUUUAUAUGAAAGAUGUAGAGAAUGUUUCUUAACGUCAAAUUAUUUAAGGAUAUUUUUGUUAUGUUUAAGUUAUUUGAUCACUGAGAAUCUCGAAAAACGUUUGUGAGCGUUCCUUUUCCCGGCUUUUUGACGAGAGAAACCUGUAAUAUAUGUUUGGAAAAUGAUUUACCGUAAUUUAAGAAUGUAGACUUAGCCUCUCUGAGAGGAACAAACCCUUUGUUCAUAAUUGUCAGCUCUUUUCCCCCCUCCCCUGUGUGUAUGAUGACUCAGAUCUCACCAAACACUCAUUCUGUAAAUAAGCCGAGUUUACUGACAAGCUUAUUUAAAAAACCAAGGGGAUUCCUACUCUUAGCUUUGACCUUGUACGGUUGUUUGCAUGUUCAGCAUUCGUCUUUUCUUUGCAUGUCGUCGUUGGAAUUGUUCUUGUUCCCUUUUUCUCUCCACACUUAUUUAUGUAUUUAUGUUUUUUUUAUGUGUAUUUGUUUUAAUUUGCCUUUUUAUUUUAUUUAUUUUCUUAUUUCUUUCGCUGUCCUCUUGCCCUCUUCCUCCUUUUUGAUUACUGUGUACAAACAGUAACCGUGCAAUGCAUCCUCCUUACUCAUUCUCUCAAAGAGGGACCUCUCUGGCGAUUGGGUCGCUCACCAGCUGGGUGGGUGUUGGGUUAUCGGAGAGAAAAAUUAAAGCAAUACCUUUCAUUGUUCGCUUUCCUCUUUUUCUACUGGGGGAAUCCAGAGCACACAGAAUGGACUCGGAGCACGGAGCGCUACUACUGAGCAGGAUAACCACUGGCAAUGUAUUCCCUUGUGAUGUUACUGUGAA